AAGAAGCAACAGACGCCAUUGCUGCUACACACACUUUGUGACUCUCUGAGUCUGAGCUACCAAACACUCUUAUCUAUCUGUCAAUCACCUCUCUUUGUAGUGGAAGUAUGAGGUGGAGAUAAGCCUGACGACACCCAAACUCAUAAAACGACGUCGCGUUACUCAAAACGAGGUCGUAUUACUAUUGCUGCAAAUAUGCGUCUUCUUCUUCUACCUUGGGUAACUCCGUCUCUCCGUUACUUUCUUCCUCCGAUCGGUGGUUCAGUUCUCCAAAGUAUCUAAUCUACUCCUGUUGUUUCAGUUCUGAGAGAAGAUAUAAGUUGAAUCGCGUGACCGGAGACAUGGAGACUCAAAACAAAUUGAUGAAUGAAACUAAAAGACAUGUUAAAUCCAGAUUGUGCAGAGUUUCUGGUUCGAUGACGGAGAUGAUGGAAAUUCAAGCUGAGAAUCCCACAUUCCAUGUAUUGUUUAUUCCGGGAAAUCCAGGAGUUGUGUCAUUUUACAAGGACUUUUUGGAAUCUUUAUACGAGUUUCUUGGUGGAAAUGCUUCUGUAAUUGCUAUUGGGCAAAUAUCUCACACGAGCAAGGACUGGGAGUCUGGGAGGCUAUUUUCAUUUCAAGAACAAAUUGAUCAUAAGAUUGAUUUUAUCAGACAGGAGUUGGAGAGUGUGAAAGUUCCAAUAAUAUUGGUUGGGCAUUCUAUUGGGUCUUAUAUAUCCCUUGAGUUAUUGAAGAAAUUCUCGGACAAGGUGGUAUAUUGCAUUGGCCUAUAUCCAUUUUUGACUUUGAACCAACAAUCAACAAAGCAAUCAUUAAUUGGCAAACUUGCAGCGUCUUCUGUUCUGUCGGCUACAGCAAGUUUUCUGAUUGCAUCGCUGAGACUUUUACCUAUGUCAGCUGCACGGCUGCUUGUAUCUAAAUCCAUUGGAGCUUCAUGGUCUGAUACUGCUGUUCAAGCUACCUGCACUCACUUGAGGCAGUAUCACACCAUGCGCAAUGUUCUCUUCAUGGCAAAGUCAGAGUUUAGAGAGCUUGCAGCAGAGCCAGAUUGGGAUUUCAUGAGAGAAAACCAGAGCAAGCUUGCAUUUUUAUUUGGCAUUGAUGAUCAUUGGGGUCCACUGCAACUCUUUGAAGAGGUUACUUGGUUUCCCUUCUUCUCGCUUAAUCAAAAUGCAUUAUCCUAACGAUAGAAGGAAGGUCUCUCAUAGAAUCUCUCCAUUGUCCAGAUUUCAAAGCAAGCUCCGCAUACUUCCUUAUCUAUCGAGAGGGAAGGUCACACGCACGGAUUCUGCUGCACGGUGGCUGGCUCGGCAUGGGUUGCGCAGCACGUAGCCACUCUAAUCAAGAACCGGUUUUCACAGCUCCAGUAAAGUACAUUCCCCUGUCUCUUCCUUCCAACAAAAUAAGUGUCAACCAUCAAAAUGUUUGUUUUAAACAGAUUAGUUUAAUAGUAAUUGUCAGAGAGAUGGUUUAUGUAAAAAAUGUUUGGUUAUCUAGUUACAAAGAAAUUUUAGGAGAGUGCAAGUUGGUCAAUCGCAAAUCAUCUUGCAACCACAAAAGUUGUAUGAAUUCGUAUAUAAAAUCCAAUAAAUCGCGAUUAGU